AUGGUGCUCGUGUAAGUGGAACGAGGAAUGGUGCUUUUGUAGUGACCAUGUCGUCGGAAGAAAGUCCUAUUAUCAAUGCUGACAUAGAAAAUGAUGUCACGAGCGACAGACGGACCCUGGUGGAGACAGAAAGGGUGGAAGAAACAACAGGAUGGAUCAAGAGUCGGACAGUUCUCGGCAUCAUGGGGUUCCUGGGCUUCGCAAAUGUAUACGCUAUGCGGGUCAACCUCUCUGUAGCUAUUGUUGCUAUGAUCAACCAGACGACAACACCUAUGUCAAAUGACACGUCUGACGUCUGCCCUGUGGUUACUCCUGCUAACAGCACAGUACCUGAAAAACCAGGGGAAUUUGAUUGGACUGCAGAGCAACAAAGUAUAAUAUUAGGUUCAUUUUUCUAUGGAUAUGUACUGACACAGAUCCCUGGAGGAAGGAUAGCUGAAUUAUUUGGUGGUAAACUUGUAUAUGGAGUGGGAGUACUACUAACAGCGUUGUUUACUAUACUUAGUCCAAUUGCGGCGUAUGUGGAUUUUAAGUUCUUCAUCGCCGUACGAGCUCUGGAGGGGUUAGGCGAGGGAGUGACGUAUCCAGCCAUGCACGCCAUGCUAGCUAAAUGGAUUCCCCCGAUGGAAAGGUCGCAAUUUGCAGCUUAUGUUUAUGCCGGGUCAAACAUAGGCACAGUAAUAUCGCUCCCAGUGUCUGGGUGGCUGUGCACGCUGGACUGGGGCGGAGGCUGGCCCCUCUGCUUCUACCUCUUUGGAGGCCUGGGCGUGGUGUGGUUCGUCGCGUGGAUGUUCCUCGUCUACGACGCACCCGAGAAACACCCCCGGAUAUGCCCGAAGGAGGUUGAAUAUAUCACCUGGUCUAUGGGGCCUCAGCAGGAGGACAAGUCAUCAGUGCCGUCGAUCCCGUGGUCUAAGUUCCUGACGUGUGUACCGCUGUGGGCCAUCCUGAUCGCGCAGUGCGGCCAGUCGUGGCUGUUCUACACUCAGCUCACUGAGCUGCCCAACUACAUGGCCAAUAUACUGCACUUCGAUAUCGUUUCCAACGCAAAAUACUCAGCGUUGCCGUACCUAGCGGCGUGGAUCGGAGGCAUUGUGAUCAGUAUAUUCGCUGACAAACUGCUGGAGCGUGGCUGGAUCACGCGCAUCAACAGCAUGAAGCUGUGGAACACAGUCGCUGCAUUCAUCCCAGCGCUGGGCUUGCUGGGCAUCGCGUGGGUGGGCUGUGACCGCUUGACCGCCAUGAUUCUGCUCAACUUUACCUCCGUCUUCGGCGGCGCGGCUUAUUCCGGCAACCAGAUGAACCACAUAGACUUGUCGCCGCAGUUCGCGGGCACUAUGUACGGGAUAACGAAUGCCGCGAGCAACAUCUGCGGGUUCAUGGCGCCGUACGUCACCGGACUCAUACUUAGCUCCACACAGCAAACACUGGGCCAGUGGCGUGAGAUAUUCUACUUGGCAGCGGCCAUCGACCUCGGAGCUAACCUCUUCUACUUAUUCUUCGCUAGUGCUGAGGAGCAGGACUGGUCGCGUCCAGAUGACGACGACAUGACAGCAGAGGCCCCGGUGGAGAGUAUCAUGUACACGGAGUCAUAGGACGAUACAAUCGACGACACAAGUGUAUAGUCGCUCGGACAAGUGGUGCUUGUUACAAUAAUGGUGCGAAGCAGGAAUGGCCAAAGAUUUGUAGAGUUUUGUACGCGAGUGAGUAUUCUAUUAAAUUUGAUUGCGUUUUGUAUGGGAUGAAGUGUUGGUGAAAUAUAAAUGUUGAUAACUUUGCAAAACUGUUUUGGAAGUCUUAAGGUCAAAUCGACUAGUAAAAUAUCAUUCAAAUAUUGGCUUUUACUAUGGCCUUUCGAUAUAGUAUAAAUUGACAACAUAAAUUAGCAGACAGCUCGGUAGUUGACCGCCAGCGGUUGUUUUAAUUUAGGGCGGUGUUGGAGCAGAGUCGUGUAAGUGUGCUAUGACAUUCAGAUUUCGAAUUGCUUCUUUUUUUUAAUUUUAUGAAGCGUAUUGAAGUAGUAUAACAUUCUGAACGCGAUCCUACAAGUUUGCAUUGCUUGUAUAAAAACAACUACGUACAAGAAAUUGAUUCUUCUAUUUAGAACGAGUAGGAACGGCUUUCGGACAUCAUAAAAGCAAAUAUACUAAUUGCAUACAUAUAAUACAGGGUGUUAGUGAUAUCGCACCGAAAACUUUGAGGGAUCAUUCAGACUGACCGCCAAAUAAUGAUGCUGUUUUUGCGACGGAAAAUUCCACUUGAUAUUUUCCCUCAGUAUUGGUUACGAUGUUUUACUAACAUCCUGUAUACUGAUAGAAUGAAUUGUGUAUUUGGCAAAGUUCAUUAACAUUUUUAUGUCAUCAACAUUGCAAGGACUGUUAGAAUUGUUAUUAUAAGGCUCGUGCUAUACAAACGGAAUUGUGAAGUGACAAGACAAUUAUUAGGCCCAAUAUAAUUAAGUAAAAUAAAGAUCUUCCAGAAAUACAAUAAAAUUGUUUACAUUUUCAUAACUACGCGAUGUUGUUAGACUCGUUCUUAGCAACUUCCUACUAUCUGUUGGUAUAUGAAUAUUAUAAUAAAUUAUCAUCAUAAUUUAAGAGAUAUAAAAUACUUUUUGUAACUGUUCUACUUAAAAUACCAAACACCCAAGACAAGGAUUAGAAUCGAAUAACGUAAGUUAUUCCAAAUGAAAAUUUUCGUCGACAGAUACAAAUGUCAAUAAUGGUCACGAGAGACAAAUCAAGCCAAGUGUUACUUAUGUGAAAUGUAUAUCAUAUAUUUUAUCUUAUGUAGAAAACGUAAAGGCAUUUUCUUUUUUUUUAUUUCGGCUAGGGCUCUAAACCACUGAAUUCGACUUUAUGGGUUUAGAUUAUAGAUUUGUACCUGGUUAAUGGGAAUAGGCUCGCCCCCUAUUGCUGCAAAUAGUAUUGCAUGGGACUUAAACAUAGCAUGGCGAUGAGUGGGUGUAUAACGGGUGUCAGUGACAUCGUAACGAAUACUGAGGGGUAUGAUUCAGACCAUUAUUCUGAGUUGGUGUCAAGUGGAAUUCGGAAAAGUCACGAAAAUUUUAGUGUUUUUUAAAUUAUUUUCAGUUCCAUAUUUUUGCGACAGAAUAUUCCACUUGAUAACUACACAGAAAUUCACAGAAUCAUAGUCUGGAUCAUCCCUCAAAGUUUUCGUUACGAUGUCACUAACGCCUUGUAUACUAUAUACCUCUGUCUACCCCUUCAGGGGUUCAAGCGUGAUGUUAUAUUAUGUCACUUUUAUCUUCAACUUUGUUAUCAGUAAAGGUCCCAGACUUCUCUAAGUUCUAAAACUGCAAAUUACAGAAAGUUCAUCCUGCACUGAACUGUUACUAAAAGCCUUUUUUCUCUCCGUACUAAAACGUGUGAUUGAUGCAGUCUGCAGUUGCGCAUAUAAUGUACAAUGGCCCCGAUUCCUGCAGACACAUCCUAAUUUUAUUUUAAGCUAUACCUGUCAUUUUCUUAUCCACCAAAAAGGAAAGGGACGGAUGAUUGACAACUUUUAUUUUAAAAUGAAUGAAUUACCCGGGCAAAUAAAUAGGUAUCUCGCUCAUAUGCAACCCGUUUGACGUGUGAUGUUAACUUAAUUCUGUCGGCUUAUUGGUCAAUAUAAAAUUUUGGAAGGGCUUUUUAAAUUUCUGCGUAAAAUUGACGUGUGUUCCGUAAAUUUUAUGCUUGUCGAUUACCCGUCCCUUUCUUUUUCAGCGGAUAAGAAAAUGACAGGUAUAACUUAUAUAAUAAGGUUAGAUGCUGUGUACAGAAAUCAGCACCACUGCUUAGAUAAAUAUACAUACUGUAACUAAAAUUGAAGGACUGUGAUUAAAUUAGAUUAAAAUACCUAGUUAUUUCGAUGUUAAAUGUUAGCAGUAUUUAACAUUUGUAUACAAUACUAGGGCAUUGAGUAAUGGAAUAGGUACCUAGGAAUUAUUUUGAUUUGAUAAUAAUCAUUACAGAAAAUUAUUUAUAUUAUACCUAGGUACUUGUAUGUGUUAUACAACACGCUCGUGUGUCAUAAAUAAAAAAAUGUCAUACACAUUUUCGCUUCGUAAAAUAAUGGCUGGUUUGAAGUAAAAUAUUUUCUGAAUUCAAUAAAUAAACUAAUAAAUCGUCUUUUUUCUUAGUAAACUAAAAAGGUUUAUAACAUUGUUCAUUUUAAUGUAAUAUUAUACACAGCUGGCGAGGAAUAGGUGUAUAUUAUACACUUCUGCUUACCCCUUCGCGGAUACAGGCGUGAUGCUUUGUUCUUCGUAUCAAAGUGAAAGUGAGAACAAUAGUGUUUUGUUGGCUUUAUAUAUUUUUUUAAGUAAUAAUGUCCUUCGAUUAAUUGGGGAAGCCUUUGCCCACUUGUGGGUUGAUUAUAAAUAACUUAUUGCGUACAAAGUAGCUCUCAAAAUAAUUUAAAACCAUUCCAAUGAUAUUUAAUUUAUGAAUUUGUUAAUAAAGUAACAGAAACCAGUAUUCAAUUGAUAUGUGAUCACUUGUUGCAAGCUAUGAAAAUAUUUUAUCGAUGUUUAUUUACUUAUUUAAUUUUAGUGCAUGCAUAAAUCGAAAUUGCGUUCGUUGAGAAUCUCUUCGUUUUAUCUGUAUCAAAUCGUGUAUAAAUAAUACACAAAGGUUACAUAAGGUUUUGUAACUAUAAUUCAAUGUGAUCAUUUCCAAAUGACAAUCUAAUACUUAAUGCAAACAUUCUCAUAAUACUAUUGUACUGUAACAUUGCAAAAGUUGUACCUAUCUUUACAUUUAUAAGUAACUAUACUUAUGUUAAUAUAAGGUGUAUUUUUGUAGCAACAAAAUAAAUUUUUAUGCGAGAA